UUUCCCACUUCCUGCUCAUCCUCCCUCCCGUGCUGCCUUUCUCUUCUGCCAUGGAUGGUGCUAGUAACCAUUAGCGCGGCACCGACCUUGCUCUCCGGACACCCAUUCCCCAGGAGCUUCGUCCGCGAGCACACGGUUACUCUGGUGGGGAUUGCGUCGCCCUGCGGGACGGCAGCUCCUGCUUCUUCUGCGCCGAAGUUAGUCGCCGCGUCUGGCCUCCGGCGGUGGCGGCAAGGUGAGUCUUUUGUUGUCGUUUUUUGAUCGUUGGCUCGGUUCUACUUCUCUCCCUGUUCUUGCCCUUGUUGGGGAUUUGGAUUGGUAGGGAGCUAUCUCAAGCUUAAAAGAAGAAGAAUAAUCUGGAGACAAAUCGUGGGAUUUUGAUUGUAUAAUUAUCGAGGCAUGCCGUGAAACAACUGCAUCGGCUAAAAGAAGAAUUUUGGAGCCCCAAACUGAAUUGAUGGAUGAAAUGAGGCUGGUUUUCUGGCAAUGGUUUUUGGUAUUCUUCAUGGUAGUUUCGUCAUCGUGGAGUUUGAGUUCAGAUGGCCUAACUCUUCUUGCUCUGUCCAAAAAGCUCAUACUGCCGAGUUCCAUGAGCUCCAACUGGAGUGCUUCUAAUGCAACUCCUUGUAAAUGGAACGGAGUUGGUUGCAAUGAAAGGAAUAGAGUGAUUUCUCUUAGCCUAUCGUCAUUGGGAGUUUCAGGUUCACUAGGUCCUGAAAUAGGGCUUCUAAAGUACCUGCAAGUUCUCAGUUUAUCUGCUAACAACAUAUCUGGUUCGAUACCUCCGGAAUUGGGCAACUGCAGUAUGCUUGAACAAUUGGAUCUGUCCCAAAAUUUCCUUUCUGGCAAAAUACCAGCAUCAAUUGGCACCCUCAAGAAAUUGUCAUUGCUAUCACUGUACUACAACUCUCUUAGUGGAACUAUACCAGAGGAGUUGUUCAAGAACCAGUUUCUAGAGGAAGUGUACCUCCAUUACAAUCAGCUCAGUGGUUCGAUCCCCUUCUUGGUUGGUGAAAUGACAAGUCUUAGGUCCUUGUGGUUGCAUGGGAAUAUGUUGACUGGAGUUUUGCCGGGUUCAAUCGGCAACUGCACCAAAUUGGAGGAGCUCUAUCUACUCUAUAAUCAACUAAACGGCAGUCUUCCAGAAACCUUGGGUAAUAUCAAAGGCCUCAGGAUUUUUGAUGCCACUAGCAAUAGCUUCACAGGCGAGAUCUCUUUCAGUUUUGAGAACUGCAAGUUGGAAAUAUUCAUCUUGUCAUUCAAUAAUAUAAAGGGUGAAAUCCCAUCAUGGCUGAGGAAUUGCAGGAGCUUGACACAACUUGCGCUUGUCAACAAUAGUCUGUCUGGCCAUAUUCCAAGUUCUCUUGGUUUACUGAGCAACCUCACUUAUCUUUUACUUUCUCAGAACUCCCUGUCUGGGCCAAUCCCUCCUGAGAUUGGUAACUGUCGGUCACUGUUGUGGCUAGAGUUGAAUGCAAAUCAGUUCGAGGGCAGUGUUCCUAAACAGUUGGCAAAUUUAAGUAACUUGACGAAUCUCUUUCUGUUCGAAAAUCGACUAAUGGGAGAGUUCCCUGAGAAUAUUUGGGGUAUCCAAACCCUUGAGAGCGUCCUUAUUUAUAGUAACAGUUUCACGGGGAAGCUACCUUCAGUGUUAGCUGAGCUGAAGUUCCUCCAGAACAUUACAUUGUUUGAUAAUUUCUUCACUGGAGUCAUACCACCGAAGCUGGGUGUUAAUAGCCGCUUGGUUCAGAUAGAUUUCACAAAUAACAGUUUUGUUGGUGAAAUCCCGCCAAACAUUUGUUCAGGAAAAGCAUUGAGAAUUUUGGACAUGGGGUUUAAUCAUCUCAACGGUAGCAUCCCAUCCAAUGUUGCGGACUGCCCAAGUUUGGAGCGAGUCAUCCUCCAAAACAAUAAUCUCGAUGGGCCUAUUCCACAAUUUAGAAACUGUGUAAAUCUAAGCUACAUAGAUCUGAGUCACAAUUCCUUGGCUGGUAACAUUCCAGCAAGCUUCGGCAGGUGUGUUAAUAUUACUGAUAUAAACUGGUCAGAGAACAAGCUUUUAGGUGGAAUACCACCUGAAAUUGGAAAUUUAGUGAAUCUGGGAAGACUUAACCUCUCACACAACAGCUUACACGGUUCGUUCCCUGUGCAGAUUUCCAAUUGCUCCAAGUUGUAUUCACUUGAUUUGAGUUUUAACUCAUUGAAUGGUUCGGCACUCAGUACAGUAAGCAACCUGAAGUUUCUUUCACAGCUACGGUUGCAGGAGAAUAAAUUCAGCGGAGGCUUAUCUGAUUCUCUCUCGCGCUUGGACAUGCUUAUUGAGCUGCAACUUGGUAGCAAUAUUCUUGGGGGUAGUAUCCCUUCAUCUUUAGGAAGGUUGCUAAAACUGAGUAUUGCCUUGAAUCUUAGUAGCAAUGGUCUAGUGGGUGAUAUUCCACCACAAUUGGGUAAUUUGGUGGAGCUGCAAAGUUUAGAUUUGUCACUUAAUAAUCUUACCGGGGGUAUUGAGACAUUGGGGAGACUACAGUUUUUGCGUGCCUUGAAUGUUUCAUACAACCAAUUUACUGGACCAGUGCCAGGUAAUCUUCUAAAGUUUCUGAAGUCCACGCCAAGUUCCUUUAAUGGAAAUCCAGGCAUAUGUAUGUCGUGCAGUGCCAUUGAUUCUUCUUGCAAGGGAGAUAAUGUCUUGAAACCUUGUGGAGCAUCGAGGAAAAGUAGAGUGCAUGGCCGACUCAGGAUUGCUCUCAUAGUUCUCGGUUCAUUGUUUGUUGGAGCAGUUGUGGUACUUAUAAUCAGCUGCAUCCUUUUGAGGUAUCGAGAUCCAAAAAAGAAAAGUGAGGAAUCUGUCAGUACAUUGUUUGAAGGAUCAUCUUUUAAAUUAAAAGAGGUUAUAGAGGCCACUGAAAAUUUUGACGACAAGUAUAUCAUCGGUACAGGUGCUCAUGGAACUGUUUACAAGGCGACCCUGAGGUCGGGAGAUGUGUAUGCCAUAAAGAAGCUUGUGAUUUCUGGACGCAACGGUUCAUACAAAAGCAUGAUCAGAGAACUGAAGACACUAGGUAAAAUUAAGCAUAGAAACUUGAUAAAGCUAAAACAAUUUUGGUUGAGAAGUGAUCAUGGGUUCAUACUGUACGAUUUUAUGGAAAAAGGAAGCCUUCAUGAUGUUCUGCAUGGGAUUCAGCCAGCACCAGCUUUGGACUGGUGUGUGCGGCAUGACAUUGCACUUGGUACUGCCCAUGGAUUAGCCUAUCUUCACGAUGACUGCCGCCCUGCCAUCAUUCACCGUGAUAUUAAGCCAAGUAAUAUAUUGCUGGACAAGGACAUAGUGCCGCAUAUCUCAGAUUUUGGCAUUGCAAAGCUCAUGGAUCUGUCUUCUACUGCUCCACAGACCACUGGAAUCGUCGGCACCAUUGGAUAUAUGGCCCCAGAACUGGCGUUCUCCACCAGGAGCAGCAUCGAGUCCGACGUGUACAGCUACGGCGUGGUGCUGCUCGAGCUGCUCACUAGAAAGAAGGCAGUGGAUCCCUCAUUCCCUGACAACAUGGACAUAGUCAGCUGGGUGUCGUCCACGCUGGACGGCACCGACCAAAUCGAGGCCAUCUGUGACCCGGUUCUCAUGGAUGAAGUCUACGGCACGGUCGAGAUGGAGGAGGUGCAAAAGGUCCUGUCGGUAGCCCUCAGGUGCGCCGCCAGGGAGGCGAGCCAAAGGCCGUCCAUGGCCAACGUCGUGAAGGAGCUGACGGAUGCGCGGCCUCCUGGUGAUGCCGGGGGGUCGGUCUCGAAGUCGAAGCAGGGGAAACUGGGCUCCCAGAGCACCUCGUACUGACAGUAGGAUUUCUGAUUCAGCCUUGUUGUAACUCGCUAGUGAAAUGUUGUAUGUAUUCCGUUCUUAUAUAUACUGCUCUCCAUGAUUGAUUUACAGAGGGUGCAGAGGGAGAGAGCUCGGUUUUGAUUGGGAAGGUUGAGUGAUCGAUCAUUCCUGACCAGAUGCUUUGUGUAGUUGUGCUGUGCCUUGUGCGCAUGGGUUGCGCUCCUGUAAGAAGGAUCUGUGCUGUUCUUGAGGAACCUGUAUCUUGUAAUU